AUCUGUAGCUUUUGGAGGGUUGCACAAGGACAAGUCAGGCAAGCGUCCGAGCGACUGCCCCGAAAUGAAACUGACGAAACCUCCAGAGACGUGCCGGACGUGCCGCCUCGCCAGCAGCUGUUUUGUGCGCAGUAUCGCUCUAUGGGAAACACGCUCAAUGCUAGCUAGGUCAGUUAACUCUUUCAUCGUUUUGAUUCGGCCUCGUCAUGGAGGAGUUGGCAAGACGCCGGAGCGUGGUCUUCGUUCUGGGCUUACCCGGAUCCGGAAAGGGGACAGUAUGCCGACGAAUUGCUCAGAAGUACGGCUUCGAGCACGUCUCCGUCGGCGAGGUGUUCAGGCGCGAGACUGCGACCGAGGAAUCAACUUACGGGCCCGUAUUCCGACUCCUCGGUGGUAAACAUGUGCCUCCGGGGAUCAAAGUGGAGCUGCUUAAAAACGCACUUGGAAAGAUCAAGUCUGACACUUUCCUUCUGGAUGGCUUUCCUAGAAACCUCGAGCUGCUGAAGGCCUGGAAUGCAGACAUGGCCGACAAGUUUCCCCUCAAGUUUGUGCUUUUCCUGGACUGCCCAAAUGAAAUCUGCAAAAUGCGCAUUGCCAGACGUGCGGAGCAAGGCAGCGGUAGGCCCGACGAUUACUCCGUCAGUUUCCUGGAGAGGCAGCGACUGUUCGAGACAACAACGAUGAAAGUGAUUGACCACUUCUACGGCACCAAGGACAUUGUGAGGGUGGAUGCAAGUGCAAGUAACCUUGAUGCGGUGUUUCAAGACGUCGAUCGGGUGUUCCGAGCAUACUUCGGGCCUUCUUCAGCUGCAUCUGGGAAUCGUGCCUAGUUUCUGUUUGUUUGUGCAGAGUUCAGAUAACAUACUUUUCCCGUUUUGUAUUCGUCGCACGUAGACGACAUGCUUUGGGUUUUUCGAAAGCGGUUCAUGAAGUGCCUCUGCUCGUGGCGUAUGACUUUAUUUAUUUGCCUUAACAUAUAGGCUCGUGGCAGUGCCAAAGUUCAGAAGUGCCGUUCCAUAUUAUGUUGCUUUUGAGCGAGCUCAUCUUGCCUGUACGAUACUGACGUUGCGCUUACUCUCCACAUAUCAACGUGCGUCGAGCCUCUUCAUUCUUUUUGGUUAGGUGUACCGAACCUAAAGAGUUUUGGCGGUUAUAAGCAGAAAUUAUUAUCUUGCUUUCAAACAUGAAGGUCUAGAAAAACUUCCGUCUCUAAGACUGUGAUACGCUUGUUUGCUGACGCAACUAGCUUCUGUUUACCAUCUUCAGACAGAACCAGCGCCUUUGCAAGUAACCAUCAAAUUUUAUGCGGGUCUUACUACUACAUAUUCAUACGCGAAUAGUGAAUUUUGAGUUCACAGCGAAUGGUGGUACUGGCUGAAUUUUUUUAAUUGAAACUCAAAUAGUUUCUCUAAGGCUUUCACUACUGUUGCACCAUUCUUAAACAGAAACCUAGCUGAAUUCAUGAAGGUUGUUCCCAAGCUUCCUAUUGUCCAUUUAUAAACUAAUUUUAAUCUUUAUGGACUGUGUGUGACCUCAGAAAGUUCAAUGCCUUGGGAUGGCGAGUAAACGACGAAUUUGACAUAAAAUUGAACCUAUAGAGAUGCUAAAAUUGAGUAGAUUUACAAAUCUUUUGCUUUAUGCCAAUAUUCUUCCUUCAAUCUUAAAUAAGAAAAAGAAAAAAAUUAUAGAUGGCGAUGCAGAUUGCUUUACUGCAAUGUAGAUAUCAGCGUAAAUUUACAAAGUUUCUAUUUCUUUUUAAAUAAUUGAGGUACAUGCAUACACCAUCCUGCUUUGAAAGCGUGCCUCUCCUCCCAAGCGCGCUAUUGCGAUAUUCAUACUUUUCCAAAUGUUGAUCGCUGCGGGUUACCAUGUUAACUGCGCUUCUCACCGAGCACCUGUGCAGUGCAAAGAAGCAACACCCGUGAAGCAUGCUUUUGCGGUUGUGUGUUCUCUGCGAUGCACCUGUGCUCGGUAAGAAGCACGCUCAGCGGGGCUAAAAUGCAUGCAAUUACCACUUCUGAAAAUAUAAAUAUCACAGUUUAUCUACAAGCAAAUAUUGAAUAGUGCAUCACUAGAAACUUCUAUUCAUAAUUUCGAAAAUUCAUACAAUAUCAGUUGCUACAUAUUAGGCUGUUUUUGCAAACUUUUCAAUAUUGUGCAGUUCUAGCGAGGUAUCCAGGAAGCAGUGCUGUGAAAGGUACUGUGGAAAAGAUAUGAGUUACAUGAGCAUAAAUGUAAAUAAGUUAGAAAUACUGUUACAUUUCUACAAAUGUGUCCACUUAACCAUUGCUCGCAAACAGUAACUACUAUGUCAUUUACACCCCUUCCAAACACGAAGAAAAACAGUUCUACAACAAAAGUAGGUGGAGUAGUAAAUGUUGAUUUAACAACUCUACCCUGCAGUAAUAAUUUCUUUAAAAAAAAGAAAAAAGCAAGUUAUGAUAAUUUUAUAGAAAAUAAGAUAUCGCAAUACUUUGUGAUAUCUUAUUCAGAUUCGAGGUUUAGCAAGCAUACUUAGAUAUUGCGAGAAAAUUUAUAUUGAUUGCUCUAUAGGUAUAUGUCAACGCUUUCGUUUGGUCAUCACAUUUAGGUACCUAGGUUCCAUCUGUUCAGUUACAAAGUCAGUAAAGUAAAUUAAAACUAGACUAACUGGAGCAGUGGAUGGAAGCUUGGAAAUAACCUCAAUGCAUUCGGUUGGAUUGUUUCAAAGAUAUAUUUUGUUCCCAUGCCGACUUUUGUUUAUAAGGAAGUUCUACAUAUAAAAUGUAAUUAAUGUUUAUAAUUUAAUGACAAAAGCAUUGCUCUUUUAUCUCAAUUAAGAAUUGCAGUUUUAUUACAGAUUAACCAUUAGACCUAGAAUUAUACAUCGACGUGGUCACUCAAAAUUAUUCUGAACAUUAUUUCAGUUGAAUGUACUCUUUGGUUUACCUUUUAUUCCAUGCCUAAAAUAAUCAUUCACAGCAGUUCAUACUGUCCAUCAAUUGGUAGCUUGUUGCCGUGCUCGGUGUUCGCACCCAAACAGCUUGUUCUGGGUUCGAGGAAAUCAAACCUGCCACGCAAUUGAUGCUAACAGUUGCGUAAAAGUAGACAUUUUCUUUUAGUUGCAUAGUUUAGCACAGUGGUAUGAAUGAAAUUGAUGUGUGCUUACGAUCCAAAAGUUAUUUUUUGCUGUUCCAAAGUGGUCCUUUGGCUGCUCCAAGGGGUGCUCCGAAAUGGUUCAGACCAACCACAUCACAGAGAUUCGUGUUAUCUGUAGAGUAUCAUCCGGGAGGGUUAUGUGCACAGAGACAUUGUUUGCACUGCUGACAUUUUGCACAUUUUUCACUGCCAAUUUGCUUGUCAACAACUGCAAAUGUGUUUUCGCGGCUGCAGCUGUUUACCGGAUGGGAUGAUCCUCUCGUGUGUUUAUGACUUUAUUGUUGGAAGUUCAGGUUGUAAGAGCGCAUUACAAGCAAUAAAAUAUUCACAAGAAAAAAAAA